AUGGAAAAGCCUGCGGUUGGAAACGCGUCAGUCGAGAGAAGCAUCAGAAUAGUGAUAGACUCCAUUGAAAAUCUAACCGUGAAGGAAGGAACCGGCGUGUCGUUCGUCGUGAUACAUAAUGACGCAGUGCUCGGAGAGAGUAUCCCCGUUACUAUCGAUCCCAGCUUCCAGGAAUCCUCGCAAAUUUACGACGUCAAUUUCGCCGUGGAACUUUCAUUUGUAAUCGGGGAUCAUGGUCGCGUGGAUUCACUUGUAUCGACGCCGGUCUUAGUCAAGGUGACGCACGCUGCUCCAGAUCAACCUGAUACCGUUGGAUCAAACGCGGAAUCCAAGAGGAGGGCGAAACCGAGCGCACAAAGGCAGACCUCGCAAGACGUAAUUGGUUUCUGCAGUCUCGACUUAAUGCCGAUAUUGCUAGGUGAAAGAUCGCUCACCGAGAGACUGAUGGUGGAGACCGCGAGUCUCUCGUUCGAUGCGGAUGCAAUCUCGUGGCAGAAUCUACCUGUCCUAACUGUGACGAUAACGUACGAUGAUGCAAAGAUAUUCCCCGUGGACGCGAAGGUCAACUUUCUCAGCAUCACCGUGGAGAGUAUUUACAAUCCACCGAGAUUCUUCGCCGAAGAUGAGGAAUACAAAGCGGCGACUAUAAUGUAUAUUGACAACGAGUUCCCGGAAAAUCUGAUAUUCGGAGAUGGUGUGUGGACGAAGUAUCGUGAUAUAGAGAGAACGAAACGAUGGCAGAGUCUAUCAAAGCUACAAAGUCGUGCCAGAUUAUCCAAAUGCAAGCUCGGCCGUGAUUAUGCAAAUAUAAGAGACACUCUCACUGUGAAGCUCAAUGUAGAAGAGAGAGUGCUGAGGGAACAGCCCAGGAUCGAGUGGAAUUUCAUGAGUCGUAAGGUGAUAUACGAUGCAGGCUUGCAGAUCAUGCAGAAACACAUUAACGAACACAGAUAUUGGCCGUUUCAAUUCACGGUGGUCGUAAAAAGCGCGGAGGACAGUGUUAAGUUAAAAAUGGAGGGACCGACUAGACGUCAGCUUUACCAGUGUUACGUCGAUAUGUCGGAGCUGCUUCUACCGGGAAAAACUAGUACUCGCGUAAUGGCACAAUUGUACACGUACAAUCCGUCUGAUAUGGCAGAGAAGACCGGUUUGGAGACGGAUAUUUUGGAUACGGAUCCUUGGAACGGAAAUUCGAGGGAACAAGAACAGAAGAACAUGAAGCUUGAGGUUAGCCGAGCCGUUCCGUUGAUUUCGGAAAAUGGCGAGCCCGUAUUUGUUAUAAUUGAAAUCACGCUUUAUUAUCCAAUUAUUCCUCGUGCAAUCGAAACUGAAUUUUCAGAUAUAAUCGAAAAAAUGAUGAUGCCGAGGCCACCUAAACCUCGUUACGCUUAUUCUGGCGACAUGGCAGAGGAGCAAUACGCAACUUGCAUUCGAAAAAUGGCGGAAAUCAUCACCGAGAGUUACCGAGACGAGUUGACCUGUUUCACGCAAUAUCUGUAUAAAACUGGCGUGUACCUGAACGUACGUAGCAGCCUGAAGGCGAAAGUGAUCAUGCUGCUGGAUCAGAAAUUCAACGUGCACAUGAGCAACGUGGAAUCCGUCGAGAGUCAGAAUUUCGUAGCAUCCACGUAUACGUAUCUCGUCGAGCAGAUGCACUUAGUUCUUAAUAAAAUCGUGGAGAGUCGCCUCGCGGACGAUUCAUCGGGAAACCCGAUCAGCACGGAUUUAUAUUUCUACGCCGAGGAAGCUUACGAAUUAGGACACACGGACGAUGCGAGGAGACAUUACCGGGCUGCAAUCGCAGUUGACGAAAGGAAUCCCGUAGCAUGGACCAGGUAUGCGAUCUUCCAUUUGAAAAUCGGCGAUGUGGAACGCGCGAAAGAAUGCAGCCGUGAGGCGAUUCUUCUGGACAGACGGGACAAAAUUGCGUAUGUGAAAACGCUCAGAGAUGUAUUUUCUUCCUUUUUAAAUUCUCUAUCGAUGUACGGACUAAUUCUCGCCGGAGAGCGGAAUUAUCGGGAUGCUGAGGUUUUUCUGAGAAUCGUCACAGACUUCUACCCACGAUUUGUCGAAGGCUGGGUCAACCUGCACCUGUUUUACAUUCGCACAGACUACUGUCCAGGCAUAGAUCCCACUUUGCGAAUCGCGAGAAAGUGUUUGCAAGACGCGGACGGGGAAACAGAGAUCUCGGGUGAGAAUCCGCUCUCAUGGACGACGAUUCACUGCCCGCGCGACAGCGUGUACACGAUCGCGGCCACGUUCUUGUUGAAGCUGCACCUUUGCGAUUUUGCUGGCGUUGCAUUGGCGGAGGAGAUGUCUCAUGUUGGUCGAGCUACGCAUGUCUUGUAUUAUCUGGCCGUGCAACACUACCUGUCGCGCCGAUACCAGGACGCUUUGUUGCAUUUGGAAGAAGCUAAACGCAUCUACGGAAUGGAUUAUUCGAUAAGCAGCUUAAUGGGGCAUUGCCAUUUCCAAGAGGGUGAUUUCGAGGAAGCUAUACGUCGCUACGAAUUCGCCAGCACGGUGUUCAAUAGACCAGAUGAUUUGCAUCUCGUGUGGAUGAGAAUGGGACUGUGCUACGAGGACGUCGGUGAUUACGAGCGCGCAUUAAGAGUCUUCCUCGGCGCGUGCGACACUUCGCCGACGGCGGAGACGUGGCUCGGCGCGGGGAUCGCGUUUUACGAGCUGCGGCGAUUCAAGGAAGCCGAGAUCGCCCUGAUUGAGGCUAAUGAGAUCGAUAAUCGCAAUGUGACCGUUUGGAAGUACCUGUGCCUGUUGAACGCAGCUCUGCAACGGCGCGACGAGUUUCAGCAAUGCUACAGACAAGCGACUCGGGACAAUGCGGAUUUCUCCCUGGAAAAACGAUCCCUCAAACCGCGGAGAGAACUGCCGACUCUCACGGCGUGGAUCGCGAUGAAAUCAGCGUGUGCUCUGUUCAUACUCGUUCUGCUUCAAGCAAUGUUGACAACCAAUUGCGGCACGCGGUCGAGCGAUGUCUCGCGACAUCGAACUAUAGAAGAAGAUGACGUUCCACGUGUCAAAAUAAAGGUAUUUCGUAGUCCCACCGAAGAGGCAGACGGCGAGUCGUUUGCUACUUGGGGAUAUUGGAUCAAACAGCCCAACAACAAAUGAAACAAUCGGUUCUACACUAAUCAUUUUCGCUGUGCAUGAUCUCUACUGUGCAAUAUCGUUAUAUGUCAUGAAAUUAGUCUUUCAAUAACGCGGCGGGUUUUUAUUAAAUGCUAAAGUUUCUAGUUAUUGUAUUAUUAAUAUAUAUAAAAGUUCAUCACCUUCAAAUAUAUACAAUUUAUAUCUG